CGCAAUACUAUUUCAGACAGUCUCCCUUAAUCGCAAAGCGGAAAGAUGCACCUCCCAGUCAUCCUGUUCUCUUUUGGAUUCUAUGCUGUUGCGGAGAGUGUCAUUUCAACAACCUGUUGCGGACCUGAGGCAAAGGAUCAAGUGGCAUGGGAGAUGGUAAAGGCAAUGGCGGAAGACUCCUUCUAUGUGUUCCAAACAACUACCAGCCAGACUCUAAACUGUACACGCUUCGAGGUCAAUCAAACCGACGAAAAUAAUCACACGGCAACAUUGGUCAUCCGUACCCGAUCAGACACAAUUGUAACAACCGUUGCUGCGAAGGGCAACCAGCUCAUCGUAAACGCUCAACAAGAGUUUCCAGGUUCGUAUCCUGUACUGUACACCGAUAACUGUACCUGCGGUGUAUUCGCUUCACCAGAUGAGGAAGAAAUCCUCCUCUGGGUCGCUAACAGAACUGCCCUAACAGGUUCCUACAAUAUGUGUUGCAAUGAAGUCUUCAACAGGGAAGCAAUGAAGAUACAGAACGUUACAUACGGCAAGUUCUCCGAGGACUGUCUUGAAUCUUCGCGAAAUAAUCGCGUUGCGACAGAUUUUCGUAUUUCAGACGGAAACGACGAUGUGAAAUAAAGGAAACGAA